CGGCACGGCGUCGCAGCAGGGGGCGGUGCGCCCGCCGUUCAGGAAGAUGGGCCAUCGUGAGGCGGAGGCGUGAGAACCUCUCGGAUCGUGCGAUAUUUACCCGUAAGCGGCGUCGAUCGUCCGCACGUCACUCACUGUACGGCUGCCGAGGAUGGGUGCGAGUUAACGAUGACCGGGGAGAAGAAGAAGAAGAAGCGGCUGAACCGCAGUAUUCUUCUCGCCAAGAAAAUCAUUAUUAAAGAUGGAGGCACUUCUCAGGGCAUCGGUGAGCCCAGCGUCUACCAUGCCGUGGUGGUCAUCUUCCUGGAAUUCUUUGCCUGGGGUCUACUCACCACACCAAUGCUCACGGUGUUACACCAGACCUUCCCACAGCACACCUUCCUGAUGAACGGGCUGAUUCAUGGCGUCAAGGGUCUGCUGUCCUUCCUGAGCGCCCCCCUGAUCGGGGCCCUCUCCGACGUAUGGGGUCGCAAAUCCUUCCUGCUGCUCACGGUCUUCUUCACCUGUGCUCCCAUCCCCCUGAUGAAGAUCAGCCCUUGGUGGUACUUCGCGGUCAUCUCCAUGUCAGGCGUGUUCGCCGUCACCUUCUCCGUCAUCUUCGCCUACGUGGCUGACAUCACGCAGGAGCACGAGCGAAGCACGGCGUAUGGCUUGGUGUCCGCCACCUUCGCGGCAAGCCUGGUGACGAGCCCGGCCAUCGGCGCCUACCUGUCGGCGACUUAUGGCGACACGCUGGUGGUGGUGCUGGCCACGGGCGUGGCCCUGCUGGAUGUCGGCUUCAUCCUGAUGGCCGUGCCGGAGUCCCUGCCGGAGAAGAUGAGGCCGGCCUCCUGGGGGGCACCGAUCUCCUGGGAGCAGGCCGACCCCUUCGCCUCCCUGCGCAAGGUGGGCCAGGACUCCACGGUUCUGCUCAUCUGCAUUACGGUAUUCCUGUCCUACCUUCCCGAGGCCGGCCAGUACUCCAGUUUCUUCCUCUAUCUCAGACAGGUCAUAGGGUUUACCUCAGAGACGGUGGCAGCCUUCAUCGCAGUGGUGGGAAUCCUGUCCAUCCUAGCCCAGACGGUUGUGCUGGGGGUCCUAAUGCGCUCCAUCGGGAACAAAAACACCAUCCUUCUGGGCCUGGGCUUUCAGAUACUGCAGCUGGCCUGGUACGGCUUUGGAUCUCAGCCCUGGAUGAUGUGGGCAGCUGGGGCAGUGGCCGCCAUGUCCAGCAUCACUUUCCCGGCCAUCAGUGCCAUCGUGUCCCGCAAUGCCGAUCCUGACCAGCAGGGUGUGGUCCAGGGCAUGAUCACUGGCAUCCGUGGCCUUUGUAACGGCCUGGGCCCAGCGCUCUACGGCUUUGUGUUCUACCUGUUCCAUGUGGAGCUCAGCGAGAUAGAGCCGGUGGGCACACAGGAGAAGAACACGCAGCCCAACAUGGCCAACCCCACCGAUGAGAGUGCCAUCAUUCCUGGCCCCCCUUUCCUGUUUGGGGCCUGCUCUGUGCUGCUCUCCCUGCUGGUGGCGCUCUUCAUUCCCGAGCACAGCGGCCUCGGCCUCCGGCCCCCUGGCUACAAGAAACACGGUGGCACUGCCCAGGGCCACGCCCACAGCCACGCCCACAGCCCGCAGGCCGGGGGGGGUGAGGGCAAGGAGCCUCUCCUGGAGAACAGCAAUGUGUAGUGGAGCCCAACCCCCCUCCCCCCCAGCCCAUCCCAGGGGAAUGACUGCCCCCCACCAUCCCCCCACUCGGGCUUCCCUGAGGAGUCUGACUUGCUGUGUUCAACGUGUCCCUGUGUUAUAGUGGCCAAAUGGACCCCGAUCUGUUUCCUGGUCUUGAGCUAUGGUGGACCUUGGCAGCUCAUAACUGGUGGGGGGGGGCAGGUGCUUGCCGUUCCCGUAUCGCUCCCGUCGGAGCGGCUGUGGGUCAGACAGUGUCUGUUCUAAGCCAGCCUGGCAGGACGUGCCAAUGGCGUGUUCCGUAGAUACCCCUGCAGGACGUGCCAAUGGCGUGUUCCGUAGAUACCCCUGCAGGAUGUGCCAAUGGCGUGUUCCGUAGAUACCCCUGCAGGAUGUGCCAAUGGCGUGUUCCGUGGAGACCACAUACCCCCUGCAGGAAGUGCCCUGGGACCUAAAUCCACAGGUGACGCAUUUGCCCGAGGCUCUCACUCUUGUCAGUAUGGAAGGUUUAACCUUUCGGUUGUACCAUUUUACUAAAGUGCUCCAAGUCGGCUGCUAGCAGCACGAAGUUACGCUGGUCAGGUGACCCACGCCUGCGUACUGGGCGCCAGCCUGCAGGAAGUCAGGACAAGCUGUGUCAGGUACAAAUACGUUUUUGUGCCAUAGCCUUUUGGUUCAUCCCUCAGUCUUUCUGUCUGUCCUCCUGUGCCGAUGGGUGCAGCUCCUCCGGGUCACUAACAUCUGACACUUCCCACCAUCAGCCUGUUUACGUUCCACUUUCUGCUGCCUUGCUCUCUGCCAUCGGUGUGUGUGUGUGUGUGUGUGUGUGUGUGUGUGUGUGUGUGUGUGUGUGUGUGUGUGUGUGUGUGUGUGUGUGUGUGUGUGUGUGUGUGUGUGUGUGUGUGUGUGUGUGUGUGUGUGUGUGUGUGUGUGUGUGUGUGUGUGUGUGUGUGUGUGUGUGUGUGUGUCGCCUCUCAGACAGGGAUGUUGCUUCUUCCAGUCUGCUUUCACCUUUGUAAAGGAUGUUUGGGGAGUGCCAUACAUAUAACAACUAAUACUAUUUAUUAAAGGCCAUUGCACAUGACAGUUGGGUGCUGGAGUGUUGGGGGAAGUAAUGUCAUCUGAAAGCCCCUCUAACAGGCCCUUAACAAGGCCAUGCGUCAGACUGGGGCACAGGGUGUGUACACGUGACGUGCAUUUGCGUAAAGAGACUAAACUGUUGACAAGCUGUGAAAUAAAACUGGCAUCAGCAACUGAGUUACCUGCAAGGAAAAGAAAGUCUCCUACUAACUGAAUGCUUUUUGAACAUUUGACUUUCAUACUUUAUUCUGUAUUUUCACCAUCUUCUGAAGAUUCUAAAGAUUAAGCUCAACGCUCUCAAUGGUUGAAAGUCAUUGUACAGAAUUUUAAAGGUUUAAUGUGCAAGUUUAAGGGUACAACAGCUAUUCCCUUUCAGUGUUUUGAAUCUGCACCAUCUCUUCUUACAAGUUCAGUAGUUCAGCUAUGAAACCACUGUGUGCCUAGUUUUGCACAGGGGAACAGGGUGCAGCUUUGGUUGACUGCUGGGGGGGGGCAUCUUUAUAAGGAUGCUGGACUGCCAGCAGUUGGAGGGUGGAAGAUAAAUACAGUUGUAUCAACGUAAAAACAUGGACAUGUGACUUUGAGCUCAAAGGUUGGGUAAAUAAACUGUCAAUGAGUGACAUGGGAAACUUGGUACUGUAAGAUAUUAUACAUGCCUAACAAUGGGUUCAUGUGUAAGUGAGGUGUACCAAGACCCAGACUGGUUUACAGUCGACGCAGGAGGACAUGACUAGUAUCACGGUCAGGGUUAGUUGUUUGCGUGUGACCCUGCGUCCUCCACCCGCCGUGCAGAUGGAGCGCCGCAAACCACUGGGGGUGCCUCUUACGUUUUGCAUUCAAAUUAAACAUUUUUGUCUUCAUGUUAGACGUUUUAUACCAUUUCCUUCCACAUUUUCAACGUGUACAAAAGACAUGAUUUUAAAAACUAAGCUGUAUUGUUUUAUGUAUCAAGAAAAUUAUAAUAAACAAAAUGGAAAAUGUC